AUGUCUUGGCAAGCUACCGGUAAAGUUGAUAAAGCUGUUAUAUAUUCUAGAGCAGGUGAUUCUGUUUGGGCCAGUUCUGGUGGAUUACAAUUAGGUGCCAAUGAAAUUGCCGAAAUUGCUCGUGGUUUCGACAAUCCAAGUGGUUUGCAAAGCAAUGGGUUGCAUGUUCAAUCUCAAAAAUUUAUGUUGUUGAGAGCCGAUGAUAGAUCCAUUUAUGGUAGACAUGAUGCAGAAGGUAUUGUUUGUGUAAGAACUAAACAAACAAUUGUGAUUGCACACUAUCCACCUACUGUUCAAGCUGGUGAAGCUACCAAGAUUGUUGAACAAUUAGCUGAUUACUUAAUUGGUGUUCAAUAUUAG